GAUGGAUGCUGGAGUUUUUCUAAUCUUGUAGAUGUAGAGCUAGUGUAGUUUUUGCUACCUAAGAGUGCGCCACGCUUUUUUUUUACGUUGGUUCGGUUCGUUUGGUGCGAGUCGAAAGUGAGUGAGUGUGUGUGUGCGUCUGUCGUAUAUGUCUGCAUGUGCGUCGACGGCGUCGUCGUCCAUCCCCACCACCUCCGUCGACACUCUGCUCACCACGUCUCUCUCUCUCACACGAUCGACACCCAUACACUCUCGCUCCACGUAUACGUAUACAUACGUACACACGAACACAUGAGCACACUCUCCGGCGGAGUGAGAGCAUACAUACGAACCGCAGGAACUUUGGGAAUCGAGUGUGUGUGUGAGUGCGCGCCCGCACCGUCGUCUUGUGUGUUGUGUGCACCUUAAAACACAUGUGACUCGUAUUUAUUUACUCUUUUUUUUAUGUAACGCGCCUCCACCGAUUCUCUCAAAUCAACCAAGUUUUUUCCAAAAAGUUCACCAAGUGUUUUCCCCUUACGUAUUAGUUUUUUAUUUAUAAAUUUAAAAAAAAUAAAUAAAUACAAAACAUUUUCGAAUUAGUUUGUUGCGAAUGCUCGAAACAAAGGACCCAAAGUGCACAUGUUACUGUAACCAAACCAAAUGUGUUAGUGGAACGAAGUUGUUUUUUUUUUAUUAUUUUUUUGGUUUGUCCAAGUUAUUUAUUUUUUUGUUGGACCUGCUUUUGUGUUCUACCGUAAAAUAAAAAAGAGAAUAGAAAUUGGAGAAUCAUCGUCAUCAUCGAUCUAAAAGUCCGAUAAGCUGGAGGGUCGAAUGGAAUGCCGGACAGGGGGGUUGGAAUUUCAACCCUCGCCGAUGUUGCUGGAAAACAACACCAACUACUCCCACCUGCAGCGGUCUAUAGACACGCUCCGCAGCCUGGGGGAUAGAUUGGGAGAGCGGAACGUCGACCUACGGUUGAAUCUGCAUCAGGACCUCAGGAACAACGAGCUGCGAGCGGACAGGUCUCUGGCGAACAUGAACACCGCUUCCUUGGUCGAUAGGCAGAACAACCUGAAUAUGGACAGGUACGGCUUGGAGUUGAAUCUUAGCCUGAGCGCGGAUCGUCUGAGCAACGACCGUGGACAUCUCCUGCAGGAACGUAAUUUGAAUCUGGAGAGGCUGAUGAACGAGAGGAACGAACGUAUGAACAUGGACCACCACCUCGAGCGGCUCAACCUGGAGCGAUCGCUCACGCAGAGCGACAGGCCUCUGACGGAUAGGAAUUUGAAUAAUCUGGAACCACCUCCUCACCAUCGCAUGAACCUCGACGGAAGAAACAACGUGGACGCGCGGCACGACCGUCUCCGGGUUGGUCUGGAACCGCCGCCUCCACCGACGCACGAAGCCCCCCGACCCGACCAUCCCGACCACAAGUAUCGGGAGUACAAACCGCACUUGGACACACUUAGGAAUACGACGGAAAGUUCAAGGUCGCUCGAGGGCGGCCGCAACGACGACGACAGGGGAAACUCGACCACGCCGCCCACCCCCAUCUCAGUCGGAGAAAAUUUCCAAGACGAAAAGGUGUUCGGAUCUAAGGCGGAGCUGCAGCUUCACACGCAGGCACACAUGAGGGAGGCGAAGCCGUACAAGUGUUCGCAAUGUUGUAAAGCCUUCGCAAACAGCUCUUACCUGUCGCAGCAUACGCGCAUCCAUCUGGGCAUUAAACCUUAUAGGUGCGAGAUCUGCCAGAGGAAGUUCACGCAGCUUUCGCAUCUGCAGCAGCACAUCAGGACGCACACCGGGGACAAGCCUUACAAGUGCAGGCACCCAGGUUGCCAGAAGGCCUUCUCGCAGUUGAGCAACUUGCAGUCGCAUUCCCGCUGCCAUCAGACGGAUAAGCCGUACAAGUGCAACUCCUGCUACAAGUGCUUCAGCGAUGAGCCGUCUCUGCUCGAGCACAUUCCCAAGCACAAGGAGAGCAAGCACCUGAAGACGCACAUCUGCCAGUACUGUGGAAAGAGCUACACGCAGGAGACGUACCUCAGCAAGCACAUGCAGAAGCACGCCGAGAGGACGGACAAGAGGCCACCGAUUGGCGCUGGAUUAGGUUUGAAUGCGAGAGGUCUCGAUCAUCCUUACUGGCCGAAGGUGUCUCCGGAUAGCGCUGCCGCAGAGAACAUGCACGAGUAUCCCACGGACAUCCCCAGACAGAUCCUCGAGCAGAACGAGGAUCUGGUGAUAAUCAGGCAGCAGCUGAGCCAGAAUCCUCCGGCUCCGCCGAGCACCCCGAACGCCGCGAACCUCCCCAACAGCUACGACACCACGAUCUCAAAGAGCAACGCCAAUUCGGCGUUCACACCCAUCAACUCGAUGUCCGGCCACCUGAACCAUCUGAACCAUCAGCUGGCGCCGAACAGGCCGUACAUCUACGACGCGCUCAGCUUCCAGAAGCAGAACAGCCUCGACCUGCCCAAGACGCAGCCGAGCAACGGCUUCCCCAACCAGCUGAUCAGCCUCCACCAGAUCAGGAACUACGCGCAUCAACCCAACUCUAGUUUAAUGGAACAUUCCCUGCUCGGUCUCAAAGACAAGUAAACCUACAACAACAACAACAAAAAUAACACACACUUAAGAGAACAACAACAACGGCAAGGAUCCAACGCGCCAAAGACAACCACGACAAUAUCCGCCGCCCGCAAAUAGCAUAUAAAUAAAUAUAUAUAUAAA